UCUAAGAUGGCUGACGACGUGAACUCGGAUUCUGAUGAUGAAAUUGAGUACUCGGGGAUGAUACAGCCCCCACUCAUUAAGCAGCUAAGGACCAUUCUGAGUGAAUACCCAGACGAUGGACAAAUACUUAAGGAAAUCAUUCAAAAUGCAGAGGAUGCCGGGGCUACAGAAAUGAAGAUUUUGUAUGAUGGCAGGCGAACGGUUCAGCAUGAAUCAACAAAGAAAGCGCCAUUCAGAAAAUACUUCAAAGGCCCAGCACUGCUAGUUUACAACAAUGCCGUGUUUUCAGAAGAGGAUUGGAGAGGAAUAAAAAUGUUGUAUAGCAGCAUCAAGGAAUUUGACAGGACAAAAGUUGGAAGAUUUGGACUUGGGUUCAAGUCAGUUUUUCACAUAACAGAUCAUCCAUUGAUCAUCAGCGGGAAGCAGCUUCUGGUGAUAGAUCCUCAUCAAGAUUCCUCAAAGGUGUGCCAGACGAUGCAGCUCCGCAAACUUCACAAGUACAAGAAGAUGAAAGUGGAGGACUGCUUAGAGGCAUUCAAAGGGGUUUUGGGGUUUGAGGAAACAACACUUGACAGUGGUCAUUUUGAGGGAACAAUAUUCAGAUUUCCUUUAAGGGAAGAGGAGACUGAGUUGUCAGACAACAAAUAUAACAAAUCAAAAGUGAGAGAUCUUUUCGAGUCUUUUAAGGACGAAGCUCCAGUUUCACUCCUCUUUUUGAAAUGUCUAGAAAGUAUUACAUUAUUGUGGGAAGAAGAAGAAGAAGAAUGUUUAUACACUAUAGACGUAGGAAAAUUUCAUUUCUCAGUGAACAUUAACGAAUUUUCGGCGGAAAAUGUACGGUCCGCAAGAGAAGAUAUGAGGUCAAAAAUUCAGGACCUGCAAAAUACCUUGCCUUCAAAAUCUUUCUUGAACAGCUAUGAUAUGACAGUCUGUGUUACAGAUGAAGAGCUUAACACUACAACAAAAACAUGGAAAGUAAUGAACCUGUUCAAGGGAAAGAGCCAUAUGACAUCACACCUUCAAAAACUAUCCUUUGAUGAAUCUCUCUCUUACAGUCCAUAUGUUGGGGUUGCUAUGAACAUGGAUUUUCCUUUGAAUUUCCAAGGUCACGUUUUUUGCUUUUUGCCACUCCCGUUGACGGAGAAAAGCUUGAGUGGUUUGCCAGUUCAUGUAAAUGGAUUUUUUGCUCUAAGCCAAAAUAGAAGGGUUGUAAAAUGGCCUACGGCAGAUCAGAUUCGACACAACGCACAUACAGAUAAAGCCAUCCAAUGGAACCAAGCUCUUGUUACAGAAGUCUUGUCGGAGCUCUAUUCUCUAUUUAUUCAUGAGUUAGCUAAAGAAAGUCAAAGGCAAGAAAACCAGAAAAAGUUUGUGGCAGCCGUGUCCCAGUGCAUUCCAGAUGUAGACAACAUUGACGAACACUGGAAAAUUUUGAUUUCUCCCAUGAUCACAAAACUGAAAGACAUGCCAUUGUAUUUUACAUUAAAUGACGGUGGAAAGUGGAUCAAUAAGACUGAAGCUGUUUUCCUCAGAGCUAACAAUUUUAGUCAUGCAGUGGAGGGAGUCGAAACAACAGUUCGAAAAAUUCUUGAAAAAUAUCAUCAAAAUACCGUGGAUGUGGAGGACCAUGUGUGGAAGACAUUGAAACUGGAGGGAAAUUGUGAGGUCACACCUGACUUUCUAGAUAAGAUUUUGAGAAAGUCGGAGGAAUAUACAAGUUGCAGUAAUCAUGACAAACUGAAUCUGCUUCGAUUUUUGAGAUUUUGUAAUGUGAACAAACUGGAAGGCCUUUAUCUUGUUCCACUGCAAAAUGGAAGAUACACCAAAUUCAGUCGCGACAAGAUCAACACUAACAUAAUACACAUGGUGCCUCAUGAGGUCAUGGACAUAUUGGUUGGAAUGGAUGAUGUAUUGUUGCGUACUUUACCACCUGAUCUCCAAGAAAUGUUUUCUGGUCUUAUCAAAAAAGGCGUAUACCAGAUCCAGCGCAUGCAUGAAAGGAAUUUCAUUGAUCUCCUUAAACAAACAAUUCAAAAAAAUAUAGGUGACAGUCCAUAUCCAAUCAAAUGGACGAUUUCAAAGUCAAAUCUUAAUUAUGAAUGGCUUGAAAAUGUGUGGAACUACGUUGUCAGAGUAUUCCCUAAUAAUCUUGGAAUAGUGUCGCACCUCCCGCUAAUUCCAGAAGAAAUACAGGGCACUGAAUAUAGAUUGCAUUCACUGAGUGAACAUUUGAUACAAGGUCAGUUGUCUAAAAAUAUUACCAUGUGUUUAGAAUUGCUAUCAAUCAAAGUUUUGGAUUCAUUGCCCGAGUUUGUUCUUCAGCAUCCGCAAUUAUACAAAUUCCUACCUGGUUCCUCUAUAGCAAUUCUUAUCAAUGCUAUUGAUACUGUUGGCCGCAUGUAUAAUUGGACAGAAAAGGUUGAGCAGUUCAACGAAAACACUACAGAAGAUCAGAAAAAAGAAUUCUUACGAUAUUUUAGCACAGGAUACCAACCCCUGAGCGAAUGUGCAAAACGAGUAUUUCAGAACGUAAAACUUUUUAAAACUGAGAAGGGCUAUGUAAGCAUUGUUCAAAAUCAAAGAAUCCUUUCACAAAAUUUACCUGUGCGCUAUCCUUCAGAUGUCAUUCUCACAAGUGAUGCAGAAAUCAUUUCCUUUGCAAAGGAACUUGGGGCAAGAGAGCUAGGAGACUUACAAGUUUAUAAAGAAAUCUUGCAGUGUGUUCUGGACAAUAUAUUUUAUAGUCCUGAAGAACAACUUCAAGUAAUGAAAUUUGUCAUAGAAAAAAAGGUUUACAACAGAAAUGAAGAGCUCAUGCAUCUUAUAAGAAGCGUGCCGUUUGUUCAGACCAACACACACGUGUACAAAAAAGCCUCUGAGUUAUACGAUCCAGAUGAUGAAAUAGUAUGUAUGAUAAUUGUAGACCAGUCAAUGUUUCCAGCCAAAAGUAUUCAGGCUAAAGGUCUGAAAGUUCUCCGAAAACUUGGACUUAAGUCUAGGGAAAUGUUAACAGCAACAGAUAUUUAUCAUGCUGCUUUCGAAAUCCAUAGGAGCAGCAUUGAAAAUCGCGUAACUUCUACUGAAAGAGAAAGACAAUCAGCACUUAUGGAAGUGUUAAUCAGUAGACGACAAUUGUUUCAGAAGAUUGUGCAAGACACAGGAAAAACUCUCAGAGAGUUCCUGAUGCAUUUAGAAAUAAUACGACCACACAAAAGCUCAGGUUCUUGGAUACCAAAUUUGUCUUUGUUCGAAUCGAAUCAUUUUUACAGCAAACCAUCUGAUGUAUAUCAUAGUGAGUACAAGGCACUUGUCGGAUCUGUCGCCCCAAUUAUUUCCUCUGAUACAUCUUCGAUACUUGUUGAGGAAUUUGGAUGGCAUAGAACACCAGAUUUAGAACUUGUUUUGAAACAACAUUCCAAAUAUGUAGAAAAUUACGAUGAGGACUACAAAUCAGAAUAUCUCCUCCCAGUGAAGCUUCUUUAUAAACACCUAGCUGAACUCCAUUCAUUAAAAAGGAACAUCAUCAUACCACUUGAAAAUAUGUGGAUGGGUGACGGAUUUACUCCACCUGAUCAAAUAUACAUCAACAAAAGUCCCAGUGACAUUGAUCUUCACCCAUAUCUUGUGUCUUUACCAAAGGAGUUUCAAACACAAGAAAUAAAACAGUUAGCAAGGCAUCUUGGCUGCAUGUCCCAGCAAUCAACGGAAACACUCAUCAACAUUUUGAAUUCAUUGAAAAACAAACAUGAAAAGGGACAACUCAGGAUGGACUGUGUUGACCGAGAUCUUGACAUCGUUGUAAGGAUAUUGAAUAAACUGAAGUACGUCUCAGAAAUCAGAAGCAUGAAUGUUCCAGUCCCAAUUCACUCCAGCUCCAAAACAAAAUUAGAAUUUAAACUUUCCAGAGAUUGUAAUUAUUGCAAUGCAGAAUGGUUGAAAGAUUUAGCUGAGGAGGAAGGGGAAUCAAUGUAUUUUGUUCACGAGGAUGUGACAUCUGACACGGCAGCAAAAUUAGGUGUUCCAUCUCUCACAGAAAAUUUGCUUUCAGAGACUGAAGGUAUCCAAGAGUGGGGGCAAUCCGAACCAUUAACAAGGCGGAUAAAGAAUCUUCUAAAAGAUUACAAGGAUGGAUUUGCAGUUCCAAAAGAAAUAGUACAAAAUGCAGAUGAUGCUAAAGCCAAGAAAGUGUGCUUUCUGUAUGAUGAAAGAGAAAAUAUGGACUGUAGAACAAGGCUAAUUGACGAAAAUAUGGAAUCGUGCCAAGGACCAGCCCUAUGGGCUUUUAAUGAUGCUUUAUUUUCUCAAAAGGAUUUAGAAAAUAUCACAAAACUGAGUGGGGCGACCAAAGCAGACGAUUUAACUAAAGUUGGUAAAUUUGGAUUGGGAUUUUGCUCAGUAUACAAUCUAACAGACGUCCCUUGUUUCAUUACCGGAUCAAAUUUGGUUAUUUUUGAUCCACAUGCAAAAUACCUUGGUAAAGCUGUGAAAAAAAGUAACCCUGGACUUAAAAUAGACCUAAGAGCAACAAAAAACAAGAUUUUGCUAAGAAGGAUGAAAAACCAAUUUCUGCCGUUUCAUAAAAUCUUUGGUUGCAAUCUAGAAACUGAAACCCCGUGGUUUGAAGGAACCCUCUUCCGAUUUCCACUGCGAACAAAAGAACAGGCCUUUCAAAGUGAAAUCAGUGAAAAAAUAUAUGAUCAACAUGAAAUGGAAAGUAUGAUACGAUUGUUUACGGAAAACGCAGGAAACUUGCUUCUUUUCACGCAACAUGUAAAAGAAAUUGAAUUCUAUCAUCUUUCCAGGAAAGGCAGUGCAAAUGAAAUGGUUCUUCUACAUCGAGUAUGCCGAGAAGAUACUAUGCACAAUUCUGAUAUAUUGUCUUCUUUUGGAUCAAGUAUGAAAGAAUGUCAAAAGGAUUUUCGCAAAAGCCCUCAACAAGUUCUUCAAACAGCAUUAGUGAAUAUAACAACUGAAGUUAAUGAUUAUUGCAAGCAGAUUUUCAAGUCAAACAUAGAAGGAUCUGUAACAAAAUGGUUCAUAUCAUGGGCAUCAGGUACGUCUGCAAGCUUAAAAAUAGGGAAAGAUUCUGUAGUCCAAGGUGCUCUGCCACUUGCAAGCAUAGCAGUUUAUGUUGAGGAGGAAGAUGGCUUUUUAAAACAUAAAACCUUACAAACAAUACCAAAUGGAUUUUACAAAGAAAGUCAUAUUUUUUGUUAUCUACCUUUACCGGUUACCUCACCUCUUCCAGUACAUAUCAAUGGAUCAUUUGCUGUAUCUUCAAAUCGAAGACAACUUUCUUCAAAAACAACCGACGACAAAAACGAUUUUGGGCAUGAGUGGAAUCAAGCAUUGUUGUCUGACGCAGUAGUUCAAGCAUAUAUCCAUUUAAUUGAAACAAUGGAAGCAAAUAACAUAAUGUGUGAAAAGUACCAGGAUUUGUGGCCAACAGUCUCAAAAAAUACUGAAAAUACUGAAUUUGAUAUCUUCUUUAGAACAUUUUAUGAAACAGUUCUUCAGCGAGACUGCAAAGUUUUUUGUAGAGAUCGAAUGUGGUUACCUUUGAGUAAAGCAAUAUUCUUGGACCCAGUACUGCAAACGUCAAAAAUAGGGAAAAUAGCCACAGAUGCAACAAACCAUUACAAGAGAAAUGAACAGGUUUACCUGAUUCCACUGGAAAAACAGAUUUCAAUGAGUUUUGAGACAUUAUUUGGGAGAUUACCUGAGAAGAUACAGUCGAAAAUUAUCUCUUUAGAAAGUUUUUAUUUGGAGAUAUUUUUGAAAAAUAUCAGUGAUAAAUAUUGGUCAUGUGAAAUGAUUACAAAUCUUGUCUUAUUUGCAUUAGACGAGGCAAACAAAUCGGUGAAGUCAAAGAUUGAAACAAUCAGAUGUAUUCCUACAACCCCCAACAGUACACUGAAGAAGCCAUGUGAGUUGGUGAAGCGAGAAGGGCGAGCAGCGUCCUUGUUUUACGAGGAAGACGAAUGUUUUGUUGCAAGAGAGUUUGAAUCAUAUUCUCGUCAAGUAGUAUUGAAGUCAAUGGGAAUGAUGAUAGAUGAGAUCAAUGAAGACAUCUUGAUUGAACGAAUUUCUUCAGUUCAAAGUACUGCUGAGAAAUGUGCAAAAUGUAGCAUUCAAAGAUGUAAUAACAUUUUAAAAUAUCUUCAAGAUAGCAAAUUUUUAUCGAAAAAUUUAGCCUAUCAGGUAAAAAACAUGGCAUUUCUACCAACUUUACCAAAGCCAACAAACUGGACAUUGUCUUGGUUCUUAGAUGACAGUAACUGCGAAAGAUUUACAUCAAGGUGUUCUCUGCACUUUGAAGAAAACUUCACAUGUGCCCUGGCUAAACCAUCGGAUCUUUAUUCAGACUCUUGCAAAAAUUUGGUCGGGUGUCGAGAACUCAUUAUAGAUAUGUCAGUGUUGCAGGUAUCAAUGUAUCCAAAAAAUGUGCUUCUGGAAAUUGGUGUAAAUUUCAAAAAGGAAGUACAGACAGCCAAAGUAGUUGAUCAGCUUACCGAUAUAUGUCAAACAAUUGACCCCGCUUCAUUUUCGGACGUCUCCAAAAUGUUGUUGAGAAAUAUUUGUGCUGAUAUAUAUGAAUACCUAGACAGUGUUUGCCGAAAUGAAUCUUCGUCAGAAAUUGAAAUGUUGCGAGAAGAACCCUGUCUUCUCAUUGAUGAUAGAUUUGUAAAGCCAAAACAAACUGCACUCUCUAUUCCAGUCAAUUGCUCUCCAGAAUUAUACGGCUUAGAUCGCAUCACAUGGAAAAGCAACACUAUAUUUUUGCAAAGAAUUGGUGUUAAACAGGAAUUUCAAGAAGAAGAUGUAAUUCCAGUCCUUGAAAAUAUGGCUAAGAAACACAAAGGUAAAUUAGAUGAACAAUCUUUAGAUCUUGCGUGUAAUCUUGUCGAAUUACUAGCGAAAGUGUACAAAAGAACUAAGUAUCCUGAGGAAUUUCUUGAUAUUUGUAUUCCUGAUGAAAAUGGAAUCUUUUCUCCGAUUCGUCAUUUGUGUUUGGAUGACAGUACAAUGUUACAAAAGGGAGAGUCUUUAAAAUACCCACAUCCAAAGAUUAGAGAGGCAGAUGCUAGAAUCCUAGGUGUGCAGUCAAAGAUCAGUGGUUCACUUAUGCAAAAUUAUGUAAAACAAUUGAAGCCGUUCGGACAAAGAGAGGAGCUUUCAGAUCGAAUCAAGAGAAUACUUCAGGAGUAUCCUUUCAGUGAAGGGGUUUUAAAAGAAAUGUUGCAAAAUGCUGAUGAUGCCAAGGCCACAGAAGUAAUGUUCAUAACAGAUUUUAAUACAUAUAAGGCGGAACAAAUAUUUAGUUCUUCCUGGCAUCCUCUUCACGGACCUGCUCUUUUAGUCUACAACAAUAGUCACUUUACCGAAAAUGACAUUUUAGGAAUUCAACAUUUAGGAAAAGGUUCAAAAGGGGAUGAUCCUACAAAAACUGGACAAUAUGGAGUUGGUUUCAAUGCUGUAUAUCACAUAACAGAUGUUCCAUCAUUCCUUUCUAAAUCGCCACAAGGUGACAAAGAUACAUUGUGUGUUAUGGAUCCGCAUUGUAAGUAUGCACCGGGUGCAAAUGAAUAUUCUCCCGGGGCACAAUUUACGCAGCUAAGUGAUUUAAGAAUUCCAUUCGCAGAUGUAUUCAAAUGUUAUCAUGAGGAUAUUCUACUACAAUCAUCAGGCACAGUAUUUCGAUUGCCUCUUCGCACUUCUCAAUUUGCAAGGGAGUCUGAACUUUCAAAUAAAGAAGUUUCACAACAAAUUAUCUUGAAUAUGUUGAAGACAUUUGAAUCGGAGAUGACAAAAUCUUUAUUAUUUUUGCGAAAUGUGACAAAAAUAUCAAUAGCAAGCAUCGAAAAUGGAAAAUUAGUUGUGAAAAAUACAACUGAAUUAUUGCUUUCAGAUGAAGACAAAUUCAAAAAAUCAGAAUUUGACAAAUAUGUCGUGAACAUGUCUUCUAUGUUUCGGCAGAGAGGAGAAAUUGUCAUGAUGAAGGAAAAUGAUGUAACUUAUUUUGUGAAAAUCAAAAGUACGUCUGAAAAAGAAAGCAAAUGGUGUAUCAUUCAAAAGUUUGGAUUCAGUGAAGGAAUUCAUAUUCCAAACUCAGUUCAAGAUGCUUUCGAUGAUGAGAACUUGGGCCUUCUGCCUCAGGGAGGCAUUGCAAUGCCUUUGGAUAGAUCUCUAUCAAAUGCAACUGCAUUUUGUUUCUUGCCUCUACCUUGUCAAACAGGUUUGACUUUGCACAUCAAUGGUCAUUUUUCCCUGGACAAUGAAUCUAGAAGAGAUCUGUGGAAAGAUGAUAAAAGAGAAUACAGAACAGAGUGGAACUACAUGUUACUAUCUCAUGUUAUCGCUCCAAUCUACGCUAAAGCAUUGAAUUUGUUGCAGAGUAUUCUGGGGUUAUCUUCCUCAGAAGAAUGCGAAAGCAGAAAUCUUCAGAGAAAGCUUGAUGUCUUUCAUAGUUUCUUUCCAAACCUUGAAUUAGCCAGUAACCAUUAUUGGAAACGUCUUGGGAAAGCAGUUUAUGAAUGUAUUGCAGAGGGAAAAAUGAACUUGUUUUUUUCACGCCGUUUAAUCAAGCAAAACGUUUCCAGAGUCUUUGGCUAUUCCCUGUAUGAAGAAAACGGAAAAGUUCUUUUCAACAAAGAUUACAGAGACGAUGAAAAGAUAAUUGAAAUUGCAAAGGACUUAAACAUUAAACUUGUAGAUACACCAAUAAUGAUCUGCACAUGCAUUGAAGAUGCCGGUAUAUCAAUUGACAAGUUAAAUCCAGAAAAUGUUAUUGAUUUUCUGAAGUCCGAAAACUGUGAAAUUAGAAAAAUUAUCGGAAGUGAUGGAUUUUUAGAAUUGGCAAAAUCACCUUUCAAAACAACCGAACGUUUACAUGCAUGUUUAGAGUUUUGCAUGAAAACUGAAAACUUCAACGUUGAAGUAGAAGGCCUUCCAAUCUGUUUGUUGGAAACGAGAAAUCUUGUAGAAUUUCGAAGCAAUAAUCCGGUCUUAAUUACGCCUUUUUCAGACUUGAUACCAAGUUCGGCUGAAAAGAAACUUCAUAAAUUAUUGCAUGAACUACUCUCGAAAGUGGAAAUUAAUUGUAUUGAACGGAUGACUGUUCAAAAGUUUGAAGAACACCUGAACUUUGAAUUGGAUUAUGACAGAUAUCGUCAUAAGGUUUGUCAAUGGAACCCUAAUCAGUCAAACAUUCCAAACAAAGAGUGGAUGAAGAAACUUUGGAAAUUCAUUAAGAGAGAGUUGGGUGAGACACGAAAUCAAGUAGAAAUAAAACGCCUGAUUCAUCCAAUUCUUCCAUGGUGCCUUAUUCCUACCACACAAGUGAGUGGGAAACGAUUCAUGGGACUUUUAGACGAUGUUAAACAUUCACUCAUUCCAGUUGAAUUCGCCUGGCAUAUCAUCAAUUUGUCAUCUUUUCAACCUGCCAUGGAAAUAUCUCUAGGGAAACUAAAUUUACCUCUUUUAAAUGAAGAUUGCCUGCCGCCAUCUCAUCCACUGCCCCAUCUCGUUGCUUCGCAAGAUCGUAUAACGGAUGUUUUAGAAUGUCUGUAUGCCCAUAGACAAUUAAUUUGUGAAAAUGAACAAAUAAAAGUUGAUGAUUGUAGCAGAAUUUUAGAGUACUUUGCAGGGGGACUAACAGAAUUACUGAGCUCUGAAAAUGCAGGAGUUUUACUUGACAAGUUAAGAAAACUCCCAUUAUUCACGACUGUGCAUGGACAAAAAAUUAGUCUUGAAGAAAAUCGUGAUAUAUUAGUUCUUCCUGGUGGACUUCCAGCAAAUGGAAUGAACAUGUGGGCUGAAAAGACAAGAAAAAUUUUGCUAUGCAGAAAUGAAAGACUGCAAUGCAUUUUUGAGCGUUUCAACGUUACAGAGCAUAGCAUAAGUGAAGUAUAUAGGGUACACAUUCUUCCAUCCUUUUUCAAUAUACCCCAAGAGCAUAGAUUGGUUCAUCUUGAAUAUAUCAAAGAUCAUUUGUUAAAACAUUCAACUAGCUAUAGUGAGGAACAAAAAAGACUUGUUAAGGCACUAAAGGAAAUACCAUUUAUACCCCAUGUUGAUGGAACUCAAAAAGUAGCUUCAGAUUUCUUUAGUCCUUUCAAUGACGUCAUGAAGAAAAUGUGCCCGGAUCCAAAAUGUUACCCGCCUCAUCCAUUUUCAACUCUUCCUUGGAAAAAGUUUAUGACUUUAGUUGGCAUGAAAACCGAAAUUACGGAAGACUUGUUUUUAGAGUUUGCGUUGCAGAUAGAAACACAAGGACGCCAUGGAUUGUCUGAAAAUAUUGAAAACAAGUCGAGAUGCCUUGUUCAUCACCUAUUAUAUGCAACUCAGCUUCACUCCUCAGGUUUUCUGAAACGAGUAAGUCGAAUCAAAUUUGUUCCUCCGCAUCCUAUAAAUUCAACAUAUUGUCAGAUAUAUCCUUGUCCACGAGAUGAAUCAAAUCAUCUGAUACAAUUCAAGGGAUCUGUGAUAAACAAAUAUGAACCAAUCAUUUGGACACAAUGUCGUGUUUUGCCUUUUUGGAUUAGCAGUGUAAAAAGUGCUGGAGGACUUGAAUUGUGUGAACUUGGAGUUCAGAAACCAACAGCAGAGACAGUUCUCACUCACAUUCAAUCCGUGUGCAACAAAAUUGGAAGUAUGUCGGAAAAGGAUCUGAAUUCUCUAAAUAUCUCUAAAAUUUCAAGUCUGAUGAAGACAUUUUAUGAAUAUGCAAAUGAUUCAAAAGUCUUACAAAAGAUGGACAUUCCAACUUUCAAGAGAAUUCCAUUUGUCUUCAUGUCAGAUCUCCCAUGCUUAUUACCUUGCGAAAGAUUCAUUCUUCAGCUGGAGGAAAAAUACAAAAUGAUACCAUAUUUGUUGACUUUACCAGAUGAAUAUUUUGCUUUCUUUCCCAUUUUUGAAAAACUUGGAGCUUCCAGAAAAAUUUCGGCAAAAACAUUUGCGAAGGUUUUAGAGCAAAUUCAUUCCAGUGAUGAUACACUAAAUGUCAAUGAACUGAAAACUGCACAAAAAGCCAUGGCAUUUCUAUUCGAAUUUCUCUCAUCCGAUGAUGAUGUUUCACAAGCGUUGGACAACCAGGUACUUUACCUCUUGACUAAAGAAGGCAAGUUAUUAACAGCUGAAUCAUUAAUGCACAUAGAUUUUCCCUUCAUGGGUAAAGUUAUAAAAGCGGAAGAACACUUUAAUAUACUAUCAUCUGUAGAGGGAAUGGAUGUAGAAAGCUUUCGAACAAAAAUAAAAUGUCUGCCAAAGAGAAUAAGACCAAUGUUUAUAUCUGAUGUUAUAACAUCUGAAGUUGAUGUAUCAAACGCCGAUGUCAAAGACAACCAAGUAUCAAGAGAAAUAAAUGACUUUCUAACAAGCAGUGAAUUUAUCAAUGGAAUCCUUAGAUUGGUUUACCAAGAAAAGCUUGACAAAAGGGAAAAACUUCCAUCAGAUGCUGAGAUUUCUCAUCUAAAGGAAAAUUUGCGUGGAAUUUGUAUGAAAUGUGCAAGCAAUCUACAGGAAAAGUUCACUUACCAAAACAAACAUAUUCAAAGCAGACCCCGUUCGUGUUGUGUUAAGUACCUUGAAGAAAAUGGUCAUUUGAAAUGUACAAUUUAUAUCAAUUUUUCUGAUGAAAAUGACCCAGAGAAGGUUGUAAAAAAAUGUCUUGAUGUCAUUUCUACUGCCAUUAGAAAAAGCACUGGUUGUAAUUUCGAGAAAGCACUGUCAGAUUACCUCCAUAUGAUAUGCAACAAAGUAAGAAGUCGUGAUGAAAUCGAAUCCUUAUUGGAUGAACGUUAUGUUCAGUCUCUAAACAGAAAACACAAAGAUUUCUCCCAUCAGCUGCCCAAUCCUGGUGAUGUUGUAGAAAUCCGAUGGCAUGGCAUUUUAGACAACGCCUUCAUUUCCUUUGAGCCUAAUGAAUAUGUUGCACAUCUUACUGGAACGAAUAGCAAGGGAGAUAUGGAAUACAAAUACGCAAUAGUGAAAGAAAAGCUUUCAACAUCUGUCAAUACAAAUGAUAAAAUAUUUCUGCAAGCAUACCUUGUUCAAAUUGGGCCACAAAAAGUCAUAGAAAUGAAAGCCUAUGAACUAUACAAAUUUAAUCGAUCCAAGGUACCGGACGAUAGUAACACUUUCGAAGCUUUUCAGAUUCAAGUGUUAUAUCAAAGGGAACCAUCAGAAGAAACAAGUUCCAAGAACAAUUUACCAUCUAGAGAUAAUAGAACACUGGAGGAAAUAUUCAAAGAAAUCAGAGAAUGUUUGAAACAUGCAUUCACAUUGCCAAAAGAACAAAGAGGGAAUAUAUGUCGCAGAGUAAUGUUCCAAUGGCAUCCAGAUAAAAAUCCAGAUGAUGUUGAAAGAGCAACUAAAGUAUUUCAGUAUAUAAGAAAUAUCAUUCAAAAACUUGAAAAUGGAGAAAAUGUUGAAGAAACAGAUAAAACAGAACAAACAAAUAAACCUCAUCCUUGGAGUGAUGAAUUUUUUAGAGAAUUUGAAACCUUUUUCCGAAGAGAACAAGAGUACCAACAUCACUUCCAUCAUUUUCAUCGACCUUCGACGUCAUCGAGAAGACCACAUCAACGGCCUGAGGAAACCUACUGUCCAAACCCACAACCAUUUGAAGCAUCCAAAUGGCUUGAAGAAUCAAAGUAUGACCUGCGCUUUGCGAGAAAUAUCGCAUGCUCAGGGGAAGAUUUCUUCAACUGGAUUUGUCUUUCCAGUCAUCAAGCUGCAGAAAAAGCAUUGAUAGCCUGGCAGUACAGCGAGGAUGCCAACCGUGUUGUGCGUUAUGAAAAUUUAUCAGAUCUUGCUCGAACAUGCCCUGUAGAUAUCCAACGUUCAGCACAAGACUUACAAAACUUAACACAAGAAACUAAAAGAAUGAGGUAUCCAGACGGGAAUCAUAAACCUUCCACGGCAUACAACACUGUCCAAGCAAAUCGAGCAUUGGAGCUGGCUGAAUUUAUAGUAGAAAAGGUUGAUGACCUCUUAAUGUGAAAUAUAAACUGAAGAAAGUGAUCGUUUUUUUAGUUUUGUUUUAUUUUGUAAAGAAUAUUUUUCUCUAUGCAACAAAUGUAUGUGUAACAGUUCCAAUUUCAUUUAGAGUUUUUUUAAAUGUAUUUCAACUUUGCUUUAUCACUUUUAAAAUUGACAAUUCACAGUUGUAAGUAUAUUUGUAGAUAAAAAUAUAUGUAUUUGUAGUUGAUUUUUAAAAAGUUUUUUUUUUUUGCAUGAAUGUAUGUGUCCUUAAAAUGAUUCAAAUAUCUCUAUAUUAUUGUUUGAGUUUAUAUAAUGCACCCCUAUAUGAAAUGUGACAAAUGGCUUCUUUACUUCUAAUCAGAAAAACGGAUUUUGUUCUCAUUUUAAUGCAGUAUAAUCUAUUCUUAUGUAUUACUUAGGAUUUUUCUGCAUUGCUUAAGGAU